UCGUAAGAUUUAUUUUUGUUGGCCAGAAAGAAACUGAAGAGCCCCUUGACUGUCUUCUGCGGCGAAAAAGAGAGCGAAGCUUGAAAUCUCCGAUUAAGCCAUGAAUGCUCCAGACCGAUACGAGCGAUUCGUCGUCCCUGAAGGAACCAAGAAGGUUUCUUAUGAUAGGGAUACGAAGAUCAUCAAUGCCGCUUCCUUCACGAUUGAGAGAGAAGACCAUACGAUUGGAAACAUUGUUCGCAUGCAACUUCACCGUGACGAGAAUGUCUUGUUUGCUGGAUAUCAACUUCCUCAUCCUCUCAAGUACAAAAUCAUAGUGAGGAUUCACACAACAAGCCAGUCUUCCCCAAUGCAAGCAUACAACCAGGCCAUCAAUGAUCUGGACAAGGAGCUCGAUUAUUUGAAGAACCAGUUUGAGGCUGAGGUGGCCAAGUUUUCCAAUCAGUUUUAAGGAAGGAGUCCUCCAUCAGCACAUCGGGAAAAACGAUUUGCAUUGUCUUUCGCUAAGCACCAACCACAAGACUUAUUAUGAGCUUGUGAAAUUUUCCCCAGUUAUGCUUUGUAUAAAUCAGAAACAGAUCGCCCUGUAACUUGUUUUCACUCUUAUGUUUCAACACCAUUUGAGGAUGCUAUGAAGUAAUGCUUAGGUUACCUCUUGUUUUUACCA